CGCCCCUGCCCGGCCGCCAGGAUGCUGGAGGAGGCGGGCGAGGUGCUGGAGAACAUGCUGAAGGCCUCGUGCCUGCCCCUCAGCUUCAUCGUCUUCCUGCCCGCCGUGCUGCUGCUCGUGGCGCCGCCGCUGCCCACCGCCGACGCGGCGCACGAGUUCACCGUCUACCGCAUGCAGCAGUACGACCUGCAGGGCCAGGCUUACGGCACCCGGAAUGCAGUGCUCAACACGGAGGCGAGGACGGUGGAGGCGGAUGUGCUGAGCCGCCGCUGCGUCAUGAUGCGGCUGGUGGAUUUCUCCUAUGAGCAGUACCAGAAAGCCCUCAGGCAGUCGGCCGGGGCUGUGGUCAUCAUCCUCCCUCGGGCCAUGGCUGCUGUGCCGCAGGACGUCAUCCGACAAUUCAUGGAGAUCGAGCCUGAGAUGCUGGCCAUGGAGACCAUCGUCCCCGUCUACUUUGCAGUGGAGGAUGAGGCCUUGCUUUCCAUCUAUGAGCAGACACAGGCUGCCUCUGCCUCCCAGGGCUCAGCAUCUGCAGCUGAAGUUCUGCUGCACACAGCCACUGCCAAUGGCUUCCAGAUGGUUACGAGUGGGGCCCAGAGCAAAGCUGUGAGCGACUGGCUCAUCACCAGUGUGGAGGGCCGGCUGACAGGACUGGGCGGAGAAGACCUUCCCACCAUUGUCAUCGUGGCCCACUAUGACUCCUUUGGGGUGGCCCCGUGGCUUUCUCAUGGAGCAGACUCCAAUGGUAGUGGGAUUUCUGUGCUCCUGGAGCUGGCCAGACUCUUCUCGAGGCUGUACACCUACAAACGCACCCACGCGGGGUACAACCUGCUGUUUUUUGCCUCUGGUGGGGGCAAAUUUAACUAUCAGGGCACCAAGAGGUGGUUAGAAGACAACCUGGAUCACACAGACUCCAGCUUGCUGCAGGACAAUGUGGCCUUUGUCCUCUGCCUCGACACCUUGGGCCGAGGGAAUGGCCUGCACCUGCAUGUGUCGAAGCCUCCCAAGGAGGGGACCCUGCAGUAUGCUUUCCUUCGAGAGCUUGAGAUGGUGGCUGCCAGUCAGUUCCCAGAGGUGAGCUUUUCUAUGGUGCACAAGAAAAUCAACCUGGCAGAGGACAUGCUGGCCUGGGAGCAUGAGCGCUUUGCCAUCCGCCGGCUCCCGGCGUUCACAGUCUCCCACCUGGAGAGCCAUCGAGACGGGCUUCGAAACAGCAUCAUGGAUGUCCGGUCACGGGUAGAUUCCAAAACACUCACCCGCAACACCAGAAUCAUUGCAGAGGCCCUGACCCGAGUUAUCUACAACCUGACUAAGAAGGGCACCCCUGCCGAUCUCCAGGUCUUCACAGAACAGAUGCAGAUCCAGCAGGAGCAGAUCGAUUCCGUGAUGGACUGGCUCACCAACCAGCCCCGCGCCGCCCAGCUCGUGGACAAAGACAGUACCUUCCUCAACACCUUAGAAUAUUACCUGAGCCGCUACCUGAAGGAUGUCAGGCAGCACCACGUGAAGGCGGACAAGCGGGACCCUGAGUUUGUCUUCUAUGACCAGCUGAAGCAGGUGAUGAAUGCCUACAGGGUCAAGCCAGCCAUCUUUGAUCUACUCCUGGCCCUCUGCAUAGGAGCCUACUUGGGAGUGGCUUACUUUGCAGUCCAGCACUUUGGCCUCCUCUAUAAGACAGUACAGAGAAUAUCUUUGAAGCUGAAGCAGCAGUGAAGUGGCCCUCUCUACCCUCGCCAAGCAGUACUGAGCCAGCCGCCCUGGAGGGAGCAGCCAGGAGCUUCCCUGCAGUCCAGCCACGUCUCUGCCCAUUUGUCCCCCGCCCACCCCUGUCCAGCUCGGCCCUGCCUAGAGAACCUCCCAGGCCCGCCUUCUUGCCUCCUGCCUGCCUGCCCGCCCCAUCACUGGCGAAGCAGCUCGGGCCCGAGGCCUUGCCGAAACACUGAAUUGUCGGUGUCCUUAAGCUUCCUCGGAGGGUAGCGGAGGAGCUUGGGCCCGCCAGGGACUCGUGGGUGAGGCUUGUCCUGGGUGAGCUGAGCUCUCCCCCUCGGACCUGCCAUGCCCCAGCCCUCGGAGCUCAUGUUAACAGUGCACACCUGAAUUAAAGAGAACCGGAAACUUGAGGACUCCUUCCCAGGCCGGGGGUCCUGGCUGGGCUUUCUCUCUGCCUUCACUUGGAAGGUCUGGGUGCCCAGGGAUGGGGUCAGGGCAGAGGCCUCUGCCUGAGGGCCACCAGGGAGAAGACUUUGAUUAAGACUUAGGGAAUGGGGUGAGAGCGUAGUCAAAACAUCCUAAGGCACCAGCCGUGUCCUAGUGGCCCUAGAGACCUAGCAGCACAGGGGCGUGUGAUGGGGAGACAGGCUUUGGGUUAGUAGAAGGAAGGACCCCCAGUACUGGGAGCCUGGCAGAGGUGGAAUGGGCUGCCUUGGGAGGUUGGGAGUCACGUGCCCCAGGAGGUCCAGUGACCACUCCAGCAUUCUGCGGGAAGCUCCCCUGCAACGAGGCUUCGGGCCUUCUCUAGCUCUGAGGCCCCACCUUUCCUGCUUCCCCCGACAGCGCCUCUGUGGGAGGGGGCUCUGCCUCCAAGAGAGCACAGCCAAAGGCAAGCACCUAACAUGGAGGCGUGCCAUCUCUGCCCCUCUGCAGCCCUGGUGGGAGAGCUGGGCUCCGUCCUGGGGAACCAGACCUUUGUUCCUGAGCUCCGGCGGCAGCCGCGGCAGAGGGGGCUGGGACUGUUGGGACGCCCGGGCUCUAGCUCCAGUCUGGCCGUCGUCUCCAUGUUUCCAAACCCCAGUCUCCUCUACAAUGAGGGAAUUGGACUAGAUGACCUCUUAGAUACCUUUCAGCUCUGACCUCCCGGGUUUUUCGCUCCCAUCUUUCUGCUCCUAGGAGGUUCCUUCCUCUGUGACACAUGGGAGAGAGGAAUGUUCAGCCUGUCACAGGGAAGACAGCCCCAGAAAAUGGCAUCUCUGUUUUCAAAUAACUGAGCCCCAGGCCAGAGGCAUUGGAUAUAUUUUGUGUCUCAGAAGGGGGGCCACUAGGUGGAUGUCACAGAGAGGCAGAUUGUGAUAGUGACUGCCCAGGAAGCGUUUUGAGCAGAAGCCGGUGCCCGCCCUUUAGGAGGCUUUGGAAGGAGUUCAUGCAUGGGGUUUGGAGGGGUGGGGUCAUUGCCUUCCACUUCUCAAGUACCCCGAGUCCUUUCUCUCCCACCGGUUUGGCUCCUACUUUGUGGUGCCUGCACCCCAUGCAUCCAGAUUGGGCCCUUGUGUACAGGUUGACCUAUGGGGUCUGUUUGUUUGGGGAAAGGAUGUUCCAGACAAGUUUUGGGGGCCUAGCUAGUCAGUUGAAGGCUUUAGACCUGCUCAUCAAACUGGUUCUGCUGGUUUUUACUGAAUAAAUAGCCGAGAUGGGUGGUCUCUGCCUUGAAAGAGCUUGGGUUUAAUUGGGAGUCUCAGCACACAAUGGAUUAUAUUGGGAGGUCAGAGGAAGGUCAAGGUUGGCUGCAGUCAUCUGGGCUUGGAGCUAGGUCUUGAAAACCAGACCAAGGAUGCUUGAGGGUGGGGUUGAGACCAGUCCUCACCGUCGCCCACCUCCAUGCUCAGGGCAGAAGCACGUUUAGAUGACCCCAGAGGGUCUAGCACAAAGUUUGGCACCAUCUUGUGCCAUCAGACGCUGCCUCCGUUUUUCUGCUUCCACGGCUAGGGAGAGGAGUGUGGGUAGUGGAUUUUUCCAUCUGGCUUUCCUGCCCUUCACCCCAACUCUGACCAGCCAGCCCUUCAGCUGCUGAGCUCGGGCUGGGGUCACUGCACAGCUGCUGUGGACAACAGUUCCCAUGUUCCUGAACUCAUGCCACCCACCACGCUCCGUCCUGAAGGUGUCUCUUCACUGUUCCCCUGCUUAUGGGUGGGACUGUUAGCUCUCCUCAGGCCCUUGGUCCUUGGCGGCCUUUCCUACCGUAGCCCCCUGCCUGGCCUUGUCAGAACCUCAGGCUGCCCUUGGGUGACUGGCAUUACAGCUCAGCCUAGUGGGGGGAGCCUGGGUGGAGCUGGGAAGUCCAGAGGGUGAAGGCCCUUCUGCACACUGGACCUCGGCUUCUUCCCAAAUGAAUGCACGAUCUCUCGGGCCCCUUCCAACUGUGACAGGCAGUGUUUUCAUCUCUGAGAUGCGAUUUCUGGGAGAGGAUUUGAGGGGAGCAAUGGGAUAGGAGGGGCUACCAUGUUUCCUAUCAUACUCUUGGAUCCCUCCUUUAAAACACCCUUUACACCGGUUCCUCUGGGAGCGGAAUGGGCCCUCUCUUCUGGAAGUCUUUGACCCAUUCUGUCUUCCUGGGCCUCUCCACACAGAGGCUGAACCCAGCUCCCAAGGCAGGGUUUGGGGGUUUAAAUGAGCACCGAUGUGUUUGGGCUAAGGAAUCUUCCUCCUGGGGGUGAUCGGUAAGGGCAAUAGAUGGAUUAAUUCAGGGUCCCUGCAAACUGUGGGAAGAAGUAACUUGGAAAAAUAAAGCCAUAUUGAAAGAGCC